CAGCAGCAGCAGCAGCAGCAGCAGCAUCACAGUCACAGCGAUCGCCGCCGCUGCGCUCCGCCCGGCUGCCCCGAUGACACUCCGUGCUGCGACUGUUGCUACCUCGUCCUAUGCCUACUAUGGCACGGCGGCUGCCGGCACUGCUGGGUUUGGCGCUGCUCGCGCUGGCCUCGGUCACGACGGCAAGCUUUUUGACAAGAUCGUGAUUGCAAACCGAGGCGAGAUUGCCUGCCGCGUCAUCCGCACUGCGCGCCGCAUGGGCGUCAAGACCGUCGCAGUCUACUCGGACGCUGAUGCCAAGUCCAUGCACGUCCAGAUGGCUGACGAGGCAGUCCGCAUUGGCCCGGCCGUGUCUCGCGAGAGCUACUUGCGGAUGGACAAGAUCAUUGAGGUUGCCAAGCGCACUGGCGCGCAGGGCAUCCACCCUGGCUACGGCUUCCUCUCGGAGAACGCCGCGUUUGCCGAUCUCUGCGCCAAGGAGGGCGUCGUGUUCAUCGGCCCGCCCGCAUCGGCCAUCCGCGACAUGGGCUCCAAGAGUGCGUCCAAGAUCAUCAUGUCGGACGCCAAGGUGCCCGUCAUUGGCGGCUACCACGGCUCGGACCAGUCGGUUGCCCGCCUCAAGGCCGAGGCCGACAAGAUUGGCUACCCCGUGCUGAUCAAGGCCAUCAUGGGUGGCGGUGGCAAGGGCAUGCGUAUUGUCGAAAAGCCCGAGGAUUUCGAGGCCAUGCUCGAGUCUUCCAAGCGCGAGUCGCUCAAGUCGUUCGGUGAUGACAAUGUCCUUGUCGAGAAAUACGUGCUCAACCCGCGUCACGUCGAAGUCCAAGUCUUUGCCGACAAGCUUGGCAACGGUGUCUACUUGUUUGAGCGUGACUGCUCGGUCCAGCGCCGUCACCAAAAGAUCAUCGAAGAGGCUCCCGCGCCAGGCCUCUCUGACGAAGUCCGCCGCAACCUCGGCGAGACUGCCGUGCGUGCUGCCCAAGCCGUCAACUAUGUCGGUGCCGGCACUGUCGAGUUUAUCAUGGAUCCCAAGCAACAGUUCUACUUUAUGGAGAUGAACACUCGUCUGCAAGUCGAGCACCCUGUUUCAGAAAUGAUUACAGGCCAGGAUCUCGUCGAAUGGCAGCUCCGUGUCGCUUGUGGUCAGCAACUUCCUCUCAACCAAUCUCAGCUGCGCAUCAACGGCCAUGCGUUCGAAGCCCGUGUUUACGCCGAGAACCCUUACAAGAACUUCCUUCCCGGAACUGGCCCGCUCCUCCAUUUGCGACCACCGGCAGAGUCUUCCACGGUCCGUGUUGAAACCGGUGUCCGUCAAGGCGACCAAGUCAGCGUGCACUACGAUCCUAUGAUUGCAAAACUUGUCGUCUGGGACACUGACCGCAGCGCUGCACUCCGCAAGCUCGCUCAAAACCUGCAAGACUACCACAUUGUUGGCCUCAACACCAACCUCAAGUUCCUCAAGGACUUGGCGCUGCACCCAGCCUUUGUUGCAGCUGAGGUCGAGACUGGUUUCCUUGCGAAACACGGCGAGUCUCUUCUUGCUCCUCCCAAGCUACCUGCCUCCCAUAACGUUGUCCAGGCGGCCUUGGCUUCUAUCCUGAUUGAACAACAGGCUCAACUCAUCCCAGCCCACCCGUACUCGUCGUUGGUUGCAAAACGUUUCAACCACAGCGCGACGCGCGACUUUACGCUCAACUAUCCCCUCGAUGAUGAGCAGCAUGAAACCGCGCGUUUCCACGUCGCUGUCAACGCCGACGGCACCUACGACGUGACUGUCGACGCGUUUGGCAAGCCCAAGUAUUCAAUCACAAACAUCAAGUCCUCGCUGAAGGAUGGCGUGCUUUCGUCCUACAUUGGCGACGGCUUCUACCAAACCAAGGUUGUUGUUCAGGGCAACUCGCUCAACUUCUUUGGCGAUGACACCUCGUUCCGCUUCGACUAUGUCAUCCCCGAGUACAUUUCUGCCGCGCACCAAGGUGACACUGCCUUCUCGGUCAGCGCGCCCAUGACUGGCAAGGUCGAAAAGGUUCUUGCCAAGGCUGGACAAACCGUCGCCAAGGGCGAGGCGCUUGUCAUUCUCGAAGCCAUGAAGAUGGAGUAUGUGCUUCGCGCUCCUUUCGCUGGUGUCAUUGAGAAGGUCAACUACAACCCGGGCGACCUUGUUGAGCAACACGCACUGCUGGUUUCGUUUAAGGACGAUCACAAGAAGUAAAACAGAACAGCAGCAAAAAAAAACAAAAUCAAAAAAACAAAUUACGAAGUUUGUUGGCUGUAGUUAUCCCGUCUCGUUGUCCUUCCUUGGCCUUCAUAUAAACAAUUCAGAGCA